AUGGCAGGACUUGUCGGUAUCUUCCUCCUCAUAUGUGGUGGGGUUCUAACCUCACUUAUAUCCAUCACACCGGUCGAACAGUCCCCACGUUGUGUCAUGUAUCUCACCGGCCCGCACAAUGUAGUGCCCGACAUCAACGAGCUCAGACAUGUCACACAUGUGGCUCUGGCAUUCAUGCAAUCUCCAAUCUUCAACGAGGACAGCCGCAAGGAAUGGCCACUAUUCACCAGUGUAGAGACGGUUCGUCGCCAAUUCCUUCCAGGCACCAAGGUCAUGGUGGCCAUUGGCGGUUGGGGAGACACCGCAGGGUUCGAGACGGCAGCCGCCAGCGCCGAGUCCCGCAAGCGCUUCGCGACCAACAUCGCCCGCAUGGUUGAGGCCACCGGUGCAGAUGGAAUCGACCUGGACUGGGAGUACCCGGGCGGGAACGGAGAGGACUACAAGAAGGUUCCAAACAAGGAGCGUGAAUGGGAGAUCGAAGCCUAUCCACUACUUGUUGCCGAGGUCAGAUCAGCCAUUGGACCCGACAAGGUCCUAUCUGCUGCCGUUCCGGGCCUGGAGCGCGACCUGAUCGCCUUCACGCGCGAAACGGUCCCAAGGAUCCUCCGGCACCUGGACUUUCUGAACGUCAUGACAUAUGAUCUGAUGAACCGGCGGGACAAUGUCACCAAGCACCACACAGGUGUGCAGCUGAGCCUGGACUCGAUCGACGCAUACAUGGCGCGUGGAGCUCAGCCGUCCCAACUCAACUUGGGAUUUGCCUUUUAUGUUAAAUAUUUCCAAACCCGUCAUGCAGAAUGUUCCGGCCCCGGCAAAGCUAUUGGCUGCCCUACCCUGCUUCUCGAGGACCCAGACACGGGCGCGGAUCUUGGUCGCACGGGAGGCUUUUCUUGGCACGACAGCGUUCCCCGAGAUGUCGAGGUAUCUUUCCAGAGGGCUCAGCGAGACGGCGUCUACGACGAGGUUGGGGGUGGCUUCUACUACUGGGACGAAGAGGAGGAUCGAUGGUGGACCUUUGACAACGCCGACGCCAUCUCGCGCAAGUUUGAUUCCAUCGUUGGCGCCAGAAAGCUCGGUGGCGUCUUUGCCUGGGGGCUGGGUGAGGAUGCUCCUCACUUCAAGAACCUCGGUGCAGUCAACUCGAGGUUGGACGCGAUGGGGAAAUCAAGACGUCGAUCCGAGGCGGAACUUUGA